GCGGGCUUCAACAUCAAUAUUAAUGGGUGUGUCCGCGUCGUGAGCCUGACCAGUGAGUUCAUGUCGCGACCGUACACCGAAAAACUCCGGAUUCUGCCAAGCGGGAAGAAUCGGACUGUUUUGCUUCUCUUCCUUCUAUUGUGUCUGCAGACUGUGAGAUACAGUACUUGCUUAGCCAAGGUCUGCAGUGGCUUUGCUGUCCGAUUUCGUUGUCAAGGGAUGCAGCGAACUUGGAAGGCAAAGCCACUACAUCGAAAUAACCCAAAGGUGGCCACUUCGAUCACAGUGAUACGGGCCACAGUACUUCAAUCACGCAAUCUGAAACAUUCGAUCCCCUUCAACAUAAGAAUGCACUGCCAAGCUUAUAUGAAGGUCCUUGUACCCAGGUUGGCGCGUUCGCGGAUUGACUUGCGUCUUAGCUUCUCGCGAUCGCACUAGGAUCCUCAAGUUGCCUAGUAUACUAGUAAACAAUAGGCUGCGCAUUCAGACUCUCGGCAAGUCACGGUACUGCUACCCCGAACUACCACGAGUGAAGUCAAACUCACUAUUUGGCGCUCCUUCUCUUACCGUAAUUCUUGACAGAGCCCACCGGGAUUUGCACCCGCAAUGCACACCUGCCUGCAGAUUUCAGAGAUUUUGAGAAUCAUUUUUGCAGAAGUGACACAGGU